GUAUGGAUAGUGAAAUGUAAAUCUCAGCUCCUGUAUUUUUCGUUCUUAAAAAGAAUGUAAGUACGAAUUGCAUCUGGGUGGGUUCCGGUGAAGCUGUGUUGUCACUAAAACCAGGGACUUUUCUUCUUGGCAUGGCGGAGGUGUCGGUGUGCAGGCGGAGGAGCAGCAGCAGCAGCCUUACUCCCGAUGAAGAGCGAAUUUUGAUAAAAGACAUUGCUUUGGCUGCCGAAGCCAAAUCCAAAGAGGGCGACACCUUCUUCUUGAUUACCCAAAGAUGGUGGCAGCAUUGGAUUGACUAUGUGAACCAGGAACAACACCCCGAGCAUUCUGAGUCGGCUGCUUCCACUAGGCCUCCUGGAAUUGAUAAUUCCGAUCUAAUAUUCGGUGCUUCUGCAGCAGCAGAGGACUCUGUUGAGAUUCAGGAUACUCUAUUAGAAGGCCGUGAUUAUGUCUUGCUCCCUCAACAAGUUUGGAACCAGUUGCAUGCAUGGUACGGAGGUGGUCCAACAUUGCCCAGGAGGGUCAUUAGUUCAGGCCCAUCUCCGACAGAAAUGGCUGUUGAAGUCUACCCUCUGCGUCUUCAGUUACUUCUCGUCCCACAAGGCGGGAGCGCCACUAUAAGAAUAAGCAAGAAGGAAACCAUUGGAGAGCUCCACAGAAGAGCUUGUGAAAUCUUUGAUCUCAGCCCGGAACAAGUAUGCAUUUGGGACUUUUAUGGACGCAAGCAACAAGCCCUGAUGACCGACAUUGAUAAAACACUGGAUGAUGCAAAUAUACAAAUGGACCAGGAUAUUCUGGUGGAGGUCCUCAGUCUUGAUAAUGGUACAAGACCAAGUGGAUGCACAAGUUCUGUUUGUUACAAUGGAUCUUUAGAUAAGGAAGAUGCCACUGUUCCUCUAGAGCCUUCUACGUUAAGCUUGUCCAUAGCUGGAGGUUUAUCUGCAAGCAAGGGUGCAUCAAGAAGCUGUAACGCAGAGUUUGCGCAAAGUCAAAGAGAAUCGGACACUACUUAUGUGACAAUCGGUGUUAGUACAAGGGGUUCGUCUGGUGGUUUGACUGGGUUACAAAACCUAGGGAAUACUUGUUUUAUGAACAGUGCUAUACAAUGCCUUGUCCAUACACCAGAGUUCGCUAGCUAUUUUCGUGAAGAUUAUCAUCAAGAGAUAAAUUGGGAAAACACUCUGGGUAUGCGCGGUGAGCUAGCUCUAGCAUUUGGCGAAUUGUUGCGGAAGCUUUGGGCACCUGGACGAACACCGGUUGCUCCUCGACCUUUUAAAACAAAACUUGCUCGUUUUGCCCCGCAGUUUAGUGGUUACAAUCAACAUGAUUCUCAGGAACUUUUGGCAUUCUUGUUAGAUGGUCUCCACGAAGAUCUGAAUCGUGUGAAACAUAAACCUUAUAUAAAAUCUAAAGAUGCUGAUGGUCGGCCUGAUGAAGAAGUUGCUGAUGAAUAUUGGGCUAACCACAUUGCUCGUAAUGACUCCAUAAUCGUUGAUGUAUGCCAAGGCCAAUACAAAUCAACUUUGGUCUGCCCCAUGUGUAACAAAGUCUCUGUUACAUUUGAUCCCUUCAUGUACCUUUCAUUGCCCUUGCAGUCGACCACAACUAGAACAAUGACAGUAACCGUUUUUACGUGCAAUGGAAGUGCAUUGCCAUUAACUUAUACUGUUACAGUCCCAAAACAGGGACGUUGCCGGGACUUGAUCCAAGCCAUUAGCAAUGCUAGCUCUGUGAAGCAUAGUGAGAGGCUUUUGCUUGUCGAGAUACAAAACCAUAUGAUUCAUCGAUACCUUGAAGACCCGUUGAUAUUAUUAUCUACCAUUAAAGAUGAUGACCAUCUUGCUGCAUACAAGGUUCCAAAGUUGGCGAAAAGCACAAAAUAUCUUCAGUUAAUACACCGUCGCAAGGACCAAGGAACUAGUGAUGGCCUGGCCACAUCAGGAUGGGUACCUUAUGGAACCCCUCUUCUGUCGUCUAUCUCGUGUGAUGAUGAAAUCACAAGAGGCAAUAUACAAAAUAUAGUCCGUACAAUGCUGUCCCCAAUGCUAAGAACUGAGAGUCUGGAUCAUACUGAUACAUCAAACGUCUCUGGCACUGUUUCGGCUAUAUCCAAUUCAAUGACUAAUGAUAUGACCAGUUCUAAACCAGUGAAAUCACUAAAGUUGCCUCUCCAGUUGGUGGAUGAAAGUACAGCAUGCGUUGAUCUGUCAGUGGGGGAAGAGAAAGCUAUCACCUUGCCUUUGGAAUCAUCAUCAAUACUAGUAUACGCUGACUGGUCACAGAAGCUUUUGGAUAAAUAUCAUACCCAUUAUUUGGAAAACUUGCCAGAAGUUUUCAAGUAUGGGCCUGUAACAAAGAAAGUGCGUACUGAACCUCUUUCCUUGUACACUUGCCUUGAAGCAUUUCUACGUGAAGAACCACUGGUGCCUGAAGAUAUGUGGUACUGCCCACAGUGCAAGGAGCGGCGACAAGCAAGUAAGAAGCUAGAUCUUUGGAGGCUUCCUGAAGUGUUGGUCAUCCAUCUAAAGAGGUUCUCGUACAGCAGGUCAAUGAAGCAUAAGUUGGAAACAUUUGUCAACUUCCCCAUUCAUGACUUGGAUCUGACCAAUUACAUUGCUCACAACUGCAAUGUUGGCCAGCAGCUUUAUGAACUUUAUGCAUUGACGAAUCAUUAUGGCAACAUGGGCAGUGGGCAUUACACUGCACAUAUCAAGCUUCUGGAUGAGGACAGAUGGUAUAGUUUUGAUGAUAGUCACAUAUCACCCAUAAACGAAGAAGAUGUGAAGUCACCUGCAGCGUAUGUACUGUUUUAUCGUCGGGUGAAGAGUGAAGAUUACUUUGUUGGCAAUGGAGUUCUAUCCUGUGGAGGUGACAUCAAAGUUGCUUCACAAAAGUAAAACUGAACUCAGUAGAGUGUCUGUAAUUUGUCUUUUCAGCUAAUUAUGGGCUUAUUGGUCUGGUUGUCCUAGGUUAUCUAACCUGAGGGUUAAUGUUAACAUCCAAUGUGUAUAGGGUUUGAUGAAUAUCAUUAGCGUGGUGAGUUGAUCUUUAAAAUUUUAAAUGGUGGAGUUUAUAUUCGUCAAUGGGUAGGAGAUUGCUGCACGAGCAUGCUCAACGCAGCAGCUGUUUUCAGCUU